UCGUUUGUAUGCCAGAGAUUGUUCCCAGUCAGUGUAGGACACAAAACUGGACAAAACCAACAAUGUGGGAUACUUUUUGCCACUGAUCCCAAUGGCCGAACUGAUUUAUGUAGCUUACGGGUGGAGUACAUUUGGCUCUGGAUGCAGCUGAUUCAGGGACUAGUCUGAACGAUUGUGCUGUGAACGUUCACAAGAGCUGCAAGUCUCUGCUGGGUGAGUGCACCAGCAGCAGGAAUAAGAGAGAGUCUCUCCCGAGGACUGGCUCAUCAGGAUCUCCUUACCUUGCGCUAAAAGACCGGGACAGAGAGUGGGAGCAUUACUCGUCACUGGCCCUGGAUGGCCACCCAGGUUUUCUCAGCACCCCAGGCAUGACCCUUAGUGCUGCGGGAUCUAGCACUCAGCAGACUGCCGCCCAUACCAGCAGCUCCAGCCUUGGCCACAGCCUCCGUCACCACAACAGCUCAGGAUCCCUCCCUGGGGAGAUGGAUGAAACAGAUGCUCUCCGCUCCAAACGCUGCAACGAAGACGCCAUUUCCCUCGCUCCCUCCACCACCGAGUCCAUCAUUGUUGAAGAUGCUCACUAUGCAGCAGUGCGGGCUGAUCUGGAGUCUGAUGCCCAGGACCUGGAGGCAGAGUCAUGGAGUUUGGCAGUUGACCAGCAGCAUGUUAAGAAGCACUCAAAAGAAACAGUGAAGAGGCAGGAUGUGAUCUAUGAGCUGAUGCAGACGGAGAUGCAUCAUGUGCGGACACUGAAGAUAAUGCUGCGUGUGUACGUCCGGGAGCUAAAGGAGAACCUCCAGAUGGACUCAGGCAGGCUGGACUGUCUGUUCCCCCGCUUGGAAAGCCUCCUCGAGCUUCACACACAUUUCCUGUCUCGUCUCAAAGAGCGGCAGCGAGAAAACCUUGUUUCGCCCAGCAACAGGAACUACACCAUCAACAGAAUGGCAGACAUUCUGAUCGCACAGUUUUCAGGUGAAAUAGGAGAGAGGAUGAAGGACAGCUAUGGAGACUUCUGCAGUCACCACACGGAGGCUGUCAGCUACUACAAAGAACAGCUGCAAAACAACAAAAAGUUUCAAAACAUCAUACGGAAAAUCAGAAACCUGUCCAUUGUGCGGAGGUUAGGAGUGAGCGAGUGUAUUUUGUUGGUGACUCAGCGCAUUACCAAGUACCCAGUGCUGGUGGAGCGCAUUAUUAACAACACUGAAGUCGGUACAGAGGAGCAUGAGGACCUGACUCGGGCUCUGGGUCUGAUUAAAGACACCAUUGUUCAGGUCGACUCUCUUGUAAACCUCCAUGAGAAGAACUCUCGACUCCGAGACAUACACAACAAGAUGGAGCCAAAGGCACUGGGAAAAAUCAAAGAUGGCAGAGUGUUUCGCAGGGAGGACCUGGCGCAGGGCCGGAGGCGGCUGCUGCACGAGGGCACAGUCAACUGGAAAGCUGCUUCUGGCAGACUCAAAGAUAUUCUUGCAGUGCUGUUGUCUGAUGUGUUACUCCUGCUACAAGAGAAGGAUCAGAGAUAUGUGUUCGCUACAGUGGACAACAAGCCGUCAGUGAUCUCUCUUCAGAAGCUGAUUGUCAGGGAAGUGGCUCAUGAGGAGAAAGCAAUGUUUCUUAUCUGCGCCUCCUCCAAUGAGCCAGAGAUGUACGAGAUCCACACCACCUCCAAGGAGGAGCGAAACACUUGGAUGACACAGAUACGGCAAGCUGUUGAGAGUUGUCCACAUACAGAGGAGAGGCUGUUCAGCGAGGAGGAAGAGGCACGAGCUUUCAGGUUCAAAGAAUUUCAAGAACGACUGAGCCAUAAGGAUUCAAUAGUUGUCCAGGCUCUUACUGAGAAGCUGCAGCUGUUUGCGGACAUGGCGGAGUCUGUAGCAGGUCUGGAGGACACAGCUUCACGUUCCAGACUUCUGCUCCGAGGAGAUGCCUCAGACCUCCAGCAGGGGGAGACCCUGCUCAAAGGAGCUAUCACUGAGGUGGAGAACCUCCAGAACCUGCUGCAGUCUGGAGUGAGGGAGGAGACUCCGACCCCACGGCUGGAGGAAGGAGGCGGCUCUGGGGUUCUGCCCAGGCGAGCGGACACGUUUGGAGGCUAUGACAGCAGCCCCACCAUCCUCAGUAAGAAUGGCAGCGUGAAGAAGAACUUUUCUGGCGAGUCUAGAAACAGAGACAGAAGCCAGAGAGCCAGCUCUGACCCUCAGCUCAAAGACCUCUGUGGCAGCCACACCCUGGAGCAGACGGUUGAUGAGAGCUGCUGCUCUCCUGCCAGAUGGAACCGCAUCUGGUCCAACUCCUUCCCCGAGGCUGAGUUCUUUGACAGAGUGCUGAUGCUGUCCCAAAGGCUCUAUAGUCUGCAGGCCAUCAUAUCACAGCAGGACAGUCACAUUGAGCUGCAGAGGGCCUCGCUGACAGAGCGGGCCACGCUGCCUGGCCGCCACAGAGGGAACGUGCUCCUGGAGCAGGAGAAACAGCGGACUCUGGCUCUGCAGAGAGAAGAGCUGGCCAGCUUCCACAAGCUGCAGUCGCAGCAUCGUCAGGAGCAGCAGCGCUGGGAGAGGGAGAGGGAGAGGCACCGCCAGCAGGUGGAGGCCACUGAGGCCAGGCUCCGACAGAGGGAGGAGGAGUGCAGGAGGCUGGAGGAGCAUCUGGCAGAAGAGAGGAAGGAGCUUGAGAGUCAGAGGGAGACGUACCAGCACGACCUGGAGAGGCUGAGAGAGUCCACCAGAGCUGUGGAGAAGGAAAAGGAACGCCUGGAACACCAGAAGAAGAUCAAGAGGAAGACCAUUGAGGUGGCUCCUCUGUCCGGCAGUCUGAACGGCGAGCUCCUCAUGUCCUCCGGCCUCAACACCUCCGCCAGUGUCUCCGACCUGCCCCUCCCUCAGAAGCCCCUGGUGCGCGCUAGCCUGUCCGUUGCACCAGCCGACUAUCCAGAGCGUCCUGAAGUGAUGUUGCGGAGAGAGUUGAGCUCCUCCACGCUGCCGCUGAAGACGGAGGUGCCGCUUCAUCUCUUCAGCACAACCAACCAGCAGCACAAACUGGUGGGGGUGCAGCAGCAGAUCCCCACCAAGCUGGCCGCCUUCAGCAGCGGCAAAGGGAAAGGAGGCAAGAUUGGCAAAGCCUCACAUCGCACUGACAGCGCUGCCUCAGUGGAUAUGAAGCAGAUGCUGCCACUGAAGCUGUCUGCCCGAGACGACAACGCCCUCAAGGCCAAGCGUUCCAUCAGCCCCCACCAGCAGCUCCCGCUGUCAGCCCCUCAGCCUCACUCCCUGCAUCUCCACGCAGAACCACUCAGUCCUCCAGACAGCGCCGGGCCAGACACCCAGUCCACCUCCUCCAUCAGCACCUCCCACCCUCCAAAUGUUCAGAAGCCCCCGAUGCCUCCUGCACAGUCCCCUCCUCAGCCUCCCACCAUCCCUCCUCACUCACAGAGCACCGGCUCCCUCCAGUUCCAGCCUCACCUGCAGCCGCUGGGCCUCAGUCCCAACGCCCAGGCCCAUGUUCAGGUAAACGUUCACGGGCUCACCCACAGUCACAGCCUGCCGCCACCUUACAAGAUCCCCACAGAAGACCUCAACAAGGAGGACGUCAUCUUCUUCUAAAGUCUGCUUCCCUUUAGACCAACCACUAACUGCAAAAACAAGGAGAGAGUGAUUAUGGAAUGGGUACUGGUCCCAACUAAGUGUCUCAUUCUAAGGAGCCACUUACAUGCGAUAAUGUGACGGUUUACGGUACGUACAGUGUGGACAGCUGUAGUGAAAGUGCGAGUCAGCACUUCAGUGGAGAAAGAAAAAUGUUAUUCAAUUAAGAUGACCUCUCUAAUUUAACACUGCUAUGCCAUCAUUGUUUUUAAGAUGCCACAGUUUCUUAUUAUUUAAAUUUUAGUUUAAUUUCUUAGCUCAAAAGGACAACAAGUAUGAGGAGGAAACCUUUGGCAAAACAAAGGCUUCUCCUAUUGUGUAGGAAUUAGAUUUAAAUCAAGUUUAACAAACCCAAAGACGAAAGCUGAAGGGGAUUUGAACGAAAGGAACAAUGUCAAGGAACAGACUCGGGUCCAGCUGGAUAGUGAAGCAUGAAAAAGUGAAAGGUUCAGAAAGAAGCUUCUGCUGGACCUGGAACCACAAGAAAUGAUUCAACAGGAACCCCAGAAAUGACCCAACUCUUAAUACGUUGACACUUUCUGCUUGAUGUUUCAUUUGCACAGUGUAAAUACUCCAUUCCAGACUAAUGAAUGAACUUUCAUGGACUACAUGUGUACUGUUUGGAUGUGUCAAAAUUGUGAAGGUUCAUUUAAUUUUGUUGUUCUUCUUAACCAUAUUAUUACAGAAGGCUGAACUGUGGGAUGCACUUCUCGUGUUUCCAGUGGUUGUGAAACCUGAAACUGUUUUUUUCCUUCAAUCUUGUUUGUUUUUUUUCUUCAGGCUGCUGUGUAAUAAUGCUUCAUUUCCAUUAAGGGAGAGUUCAGCUUGUGGCAAAUCCUUGUUUUUCUAAGUCACGCAGAGUGAGACAAACUCAGAGAGGCCUUUAUUAUGUCUGUAAAGUAUUUUGUGAUUAGCCCACGUUAGCUCUUUCCUUCCAUUUCUAGCAGCAGCUCUCAACAAAUCAUAACUUAGGACCCACUAGAAGUAUGCAGUUCCUGUCUUCUGUCUGUAUUUUAUUUAAUUUUAUUUUGCUGAUGUUUUUGCUGAGUAGCAGGCGCAUCACCAAAAAAAACACCAAUAUAGCGAGGUGAAACGCCAAGUGGAGAAAGUAAAAAAAAAGUGAAUCUUGGGGAGGGGAAAAUGAGCCUGGCGGGAAGAACCAAAUUUUAGUGUUGUGUUCAUAAACAGUUAGCAAUAAUUCCUGUAUGCCUUUUAAAAGCAUGAUUCCUAAACACGAUUUCACUAGUUAAUACAGAGAUUGUUGUUUCUGCCACGAUGGCUCUGAACUCUAAUGGCAAGUACCGUUUUGAAUAGGAUCAUUAGUUUGAUGGAGACAUUUGAGAAUGUACUUAUAAUUAAAUUAGCCUUCAAACUUUUAAAGAUAUUUUUCCCAAACUUUAAGCAGAGCUGCUAGAAAUAAAGGGACAGUGUUCGCUCAGGUGCUUUUUGGCACAAAAACAGUUGAUGCUGCAAACAGCAUUUUUGUAUAAAAUAUAUUCUGACUGAGAAACAAAUCUAUCAUCCCCAUGUUUUAUGAUCCUGCACCAACAAUUGAGUCUUUCGUCAAGUGCAGACUAGAUUUUACCGCUCACAUGUUGUGCUCGAUGUUUUGAUUUUCUUUUUAUUCUCUUUGUAGACAUCCAGUAAAUGAGGUCAACUCUCAGCAUAUUGUUCCUCGUAGACAAACAAUAAGGCCUCACUGACUUUGUCCCAUUUCACAAAAACUCUUUUCCCUUUCAGAGACACAUCUUUGAGAAACACAUCUGUUGCCAUUUAAGUGGAACCAUAAUUUGCUGUACCAUUCAUGACAUUUCGUGCUGCAUGUUGUUUUAAGGGCAAAAUUAACUUUUUAACUGCUUCGGCAGAAAAAAAUAGAAAAUUUGAGAUUAUACGCUUUCAAGAGAACAAAAGUAAAAAUCACAGCAGUUGAUAUGCACUGAAAACAUUCAAAUCCAUCAUACUAAUAGGAAAUAUAACAUUAUGAUUUUUGCACUAGUCAAUCUAAUAGAAUUAAAGCCUUUUUGUGUUAUUUCCAACCAUAAACAACUAAAUUCAAGCAGUUUAAGAUUUUGGUCCUAAUUUUCAUUCACACCAGGAAAUUAAAAGUUAAUAUUUUUUUUUUAGCAGAGACUGCUUCAUUUUGCUGACUCACCUGUAAAUUUGUCAGCAUGGGUUAAAUUUAACAGAGCUGGUAUAUCUACAUAUAGAUAUAUAUGAAGAUGUCAGUUUUAAUUGAAGCCCUGAGGUCUCAUUGACAGCGCUUUAUUGAUUGCUGAUGACAUUUCAUUAGCGGGGUCUUAAAUCUCUGUGUCUGACAGAAAAGUGGUACUGUGACCGGGUUGCAGCUAAAAACAGCUGUCUAAAAUGUCAGUCUUUAUCUUCCUUCACAGAAGAAAUAUGGAUAUGUCCAUCACAUUUGUCUUUCUCUGUAUAUACUCAAGAAACCUUUAAAUCAUGAAGUCGUUGACACCUUAAUGUGUUUGUGUCUCUGGAGGGAAGAAUGUCAGCAGAGCUUUUUGUCUCUGAAGCUGAGACCGCUAGCUGGAGUUUGACUGUUAAUGUAUAUUAUGUAUAUUGUCGUUGUACAUACUGUAUGUGAUAUCUGCUACACCCGCUGCCCUCUUACACAUUCUUUAAAGGAACAGAGAUAUUUGACGUGCAUCAAGAUGCAAAAGUCGGCCAAAAGUCUGUUUGUGCAUAUGUGUAUAUAUACUUAAACUACACACACUGGUGUGUACUUACCACGCGGUACGCCUUGCUUGGAUAGACUCGUGGCAGUUGAAUGAAAUCACAAUCAGUCGUUGCUGUUUUUAAUGAACUGAAUGAAAGUGUGUUAAUUUAAUCUCCUGAUGUUGUAGCAUUGAAGGCGAGGAGCACUGUCUGUCGUCUUUCUCCCGCGAUUCAUAAGUGAUGUUUCACCGAGACCGCGUAGCAGCCGUACAAACGAAAUCAUCUGCUUGUUUCAGUUGGUUAAACCAAAGAGACAUUCUGCUGACUGGGUUCCUGUCUGUGCUCUUGUAUGAAGGAUAAAUGACACUGUGCUGGUUGUGUGGUCGUCCACAAAGUGUCAUUACUUGUAAAAACAUCCUCCAGGGAGUGUCCAUAACAAGUGUGUUUACAACAUGUUGUAGUCCAGCUCAUAUCUGGCUUUAGCUCUCAGUUUGUUUGUUUUCCAUCUACAUAUCCAGAUCACAAAUAUCUCCUCAUACACAGAGAAUUAUUUUCCCACCAGAGAUGACAAAUUAAAUGGGGUGUUGAACUUCCCCAAAAUCUGGUUUAAAGUAGCAAACCCUGACUGAAGCAUCUGCAGUUUUCUUUGUAAGAUAUUGUAUUUAUAUACACCAUCACUGUGAAAUCAAUAUGCAUGUGAAUACUUGGUGGUUCUCAGUGUGGAACCCUAUAAAAACAAAUAUUUCUCCAGUUUUUGACAUCCCAACUCAACGUCCACUUGAAAGCUUUUUCCCCCUUGGACUGCACUGUAAACAGAUGUUUUGAUAUAUUCCAUCCACUGUGGAGGCAUGCAAGAAAAACAAAGGCUUCUUUAAGAGACGCUCAGUUUUCUGGUGAAGUUUUCCUUUCAUUUAAAGUCCAACUUGGAUGAGAAGCCCUAAAAGGGCUAUUGAUAAUAUCAUAGCAGUUGCUGAAUCUUGCAUGAGUAAACUCCAUCUGCUAAUGAAGACCACGUGAUGUAGUCGAAAG